AUGGCAGCCCGGAAUAUUUCGCAGUCCACCAAAAAGUCUCAACAUGCCACUCCUUGGGAGGCCGCUAGAGCCGAAGCUAGGAAGAAGAAUCAAACCACAUUAUACUAUGGAACAAGCGUUGGCUUAACGCUGGUAGCUCUCGCAUAUGGUUCGGUUCCGUUGUAUAAAAUGAUAUGCCAACAGACGGGCUGGGGCGGUACACCUGUCAAGGCUCACGAUUCAGCAGGCGAUCCAGCCGUACGAUUAAAACCGGUCGAAGACCACCCUCGUUUGCGCAUCACCUUCAACGGUUCCGUCUCCGACGUUCUCCCUUGGAAAUUCACACCCCAACAACGCGAAGUCCGAGUAUUACCUGGCGAGACUGCACUGGCAUUCUACACAGCCACAAAUAAGAGUGACGCCGACAUUAUUGGAGUAGCCACAUAUUCCGUGACACCAGCACAGGUAGCACCAUAUUUCAGCAAAAUUCAGUGUUUCUGUUUCGAAGAACAACGGCUGAAUGCGGGAGAAACGGUCGAUAUGCCGGUGUUCUUCUUCAUUGAUCCAGAAUUCGUCAAAGAUCCAACAAUGAGGGGGAUCGAGACGAUAACUUUAAGCUAUACCUUCUUCAAAGCGAAAUAUGACAAGAAUGGGGUCUUGACGACAGUGCCGACGGCGAUGGCAGGAAUAUAA